UGUCUUAGGAUAAUAGAGAAACUGACUUUAUUCCAUUAUCCAGAGAGAAAUGCUGGAUAGUGCUCAGAGAAUAGCAAAGUCAAUGACACCUCAUUUUCCCCUGAAUAAUUAUUGUAUUAGUUGUGGAAGAAAAGUGUUAGUUUUUAAAUUUCUCAUUUUGGAAGUCCAGUGUGCAGCUUUAAUUUCUCAGUGCUAUAAAAUGAACAGUACAAGCUGCUAUUGUCAGCUGUAUCUUUGUAGUUGCAAUGUCUUGGAGUUCAAGCUAAUGGACCUGCUGAAUUGAAAAGUUAGCUGGUUUCAGUUAUUAAAUAUCUUAAAAUGCUUUUCCCCCAAGGAUUUGGCAUCUUAUCCCAACAAUAUUCAGUCUGAGAGAAUCUGAAAGGAGGUGCACAGUGGAUCAUGCUCUUAUUUGAAUUGCUAAUGUUACUCAUCAGAUGGUGGCAAAUUGCUCUCGUGUGUAACAAGGAGCGCGUCUGAACUGACAGCGUGUAGUAUGAAUCCUUAUAUGCCGGUUCUGGUAAAAUCCUGAACUGCUCAGCCCCCUUACCGGUUAUAAACCUGAAGUAAACUGGAGGAAAAAGUGGCAAUGUCUUCUGAUGUGUCAGAAUAUACUAUUGGGGGAGUGAAGAUCAUGUUCCCUUGUAAGGCUUACCCUUCACAACUUGCUAUGAUGAAUGCUAUUCUUAAGGGUUUAAAUAACAGGCAGCACUGUUUGUUGGAGAGCCCUACAGGAAGUGGUAAAAGCUUGGCAUUACUUUGUUCUGCACUAUCAUGGCAGCAGUCUCAGUAUGAGAAACCAUUGCUUACAUCGUCAUGUGAAAAGGAAGACAGAAAGCCAGAGACCUCACCGCUGUGUCGCUGCACAUGUCACUCCCAGUGUAAGAGCAAUGAGGCGGCAACGAGUGUGAAUCAUGGUGCUUCUUGUUCUAUUACUAAUUGUGAAACAGGAAGUUCUGUAAAACCUGGAAGCCCACUAACAACCACAGAAUGUAGGGAAAAUGAAACACUAGCUUCAAAAUUGUCUGCCAAAAAAAGGUUAUCGCUACGUGACAAUGAGAAUGAUGAUUUUCAAGUAGACAGGAAAAGGAUUCGUCCUUUAGAAACUGAGCAGCAGGUUAGAAAACGUCAUUGUGUUACAAAAGGAGUACAGCUUGUUGAUGCUUUAGAAGUUUAUAAUCAGAGAAAAAAUGGAGAGCUGAUUGUUCACUCUGAAAGAAGUGUAAAACCCACCACUUUUUCUCCCAAAACAUCUUCUGGCCCUUGCACUGAGUGUUCAUGUUCUUCUGGAAAAGAAACUGAUAAAGAUGCUAGUAAUAGGAAGAAGAAAGAAAAUGGAGAUCAGCCUUUCAUUCCCAAAAUAUUUUUUGGAACACGAACACACAAGCAAAUAUCCCAGAUCACCAGAGAGUUGAAGAGAACAGCGUAUUCCAGUGUCCCCAUGACAAUUCUUUCUAGCCGGGAUUAUACUUGUAUUCAUCCAGUGGUAUCUAAUACUGGUAAUAACAGGAAUGAAAUGUGUGUAGAAUUGCUGGAAGGAAAACAUGGCAAGUCCUGUCUUUACUAUCAUGGUGUUCAUAAACUCAGUGAACACCAUGCACUACAGUCUGCACACAGAGCGUAUCAGGCUUGGGACAUUGAAGAUCUAGUGAGCCUGGGAAAGAAGCUUCGUGCCUGUGCAUAUUUUGCAGCCAGAGAACUCAUGGUGGGAGCAGAUAUUGUAUUUUGUCCUUAUAAUUAUCUCCUGGACCCGCAGAUACGGGAGAGUAUGGAAAUUAACCUAAAAGGCCAAGUAGUCAUUUUAGAUGAAGCCCAUAAUAUUGAGGACUGUGCUCGAGAGUCAAUGAGCUAUGGUGUUACAGAAAGUCAACUCAGAGCUGCUCGAGAAGAGCUAGAUUUCAUGGUCAACAACAACAUCAGACAGAAGGAUCAUGAGCCCCUACGGGCUGUGUGCUGCUCUCUGACAAACUGGUUAAAGGAGAGCUCUAGUCAACUGGUAGAAAGAGGGUAUGAAACUUCUUGUAAGGUUUGGAGUGGAAAAGAAAUGCUCAGCAUUUUGCACAAAAUGGGAAUAACUGAUAUUACUUUUCCCAUUUUACAGAAACAUCUUGCUGCUGCCCUGGAAAAAGAAGAAAAAGUAUCGAUGUUCGGUAGAGAGGAGCUUAUUGAGAUACCAGUUGUGAGCCCUGCCACUCAGAUGGUGCUGAAGGGGUUAUUCAUGGUUCUUUUAUAUCUUUUUAAAGAUAAGAGCAGGUUUGCAGAUGACUACAGAGUUGCUUUACAACAAACUUACACUUGGAUGAAUGAAAGCCAACUUGAUGCUUCAGAUACAAGUGCCUUCUUUACACGGCCCAAGCGUAAAAAGAAUUUGCGGCAGAAAACUGUAGUCCACAUGCUUAAUUUUUGGUGCUUGAAUCCUGCUGUGGCUUUUUCAGACUUAAAUGAUGUGAGAACAAUUGUUCUGACAUCUGGUACGCUCUCUCCAAUGGAUUCAUUUUCUUCAGAGCUUGGUGUGAAGUUUUCUAUUCAGUUGGAGGCAAAUCACGUUAUUCGGAACUCACAGGUUUGGAUUGGCACCAUUGGAGUGGGCCCUAAUGGUCGGAAGUUGUGUGCCACAUUCCAGCAUACAGAGACCUUUGAGUUCCAAGAUGAGGUGGGAGCACUUCUGCUUUCAGUGUGUCAAACAGUUGCCCAAGGAAUUUUGUGCUUUUUGCCAUCCUAUAAGCUGUUGGACAAAUUAAAAGAUCGCUGGAUGCAUACUGGCUUAUGGAAAAACCUGGAGCUGGUGAAGACAGUCAUUGCAGAGCCUCAAGGAGGGGCAAAGAGUGACUUUGAUGAGCUGCUUAAAAUAUACUAUGAUGCAAUAAAAUGUAAAGGAGAAAGAGAUGGAGCACUCCUUAUAGCUGUUUGCAGAGGAAAAGUUAGCGAAGGCUUGGAUUUCUGUGAUGAGAAUGCCCGUGCAGUUAUAACCAUAGGUAUUCCGUUUCCAAAUGUGAAAGACCUCCAGGUUGAAUUAAAGAGGAAAUACAAUGACCAGCACAAAAAUACAAGAGGCCUUUUACCAGGGAGUCAGUGGUAUGAAAUUCAAGCUUACAGGGCUCUGAACCAAGCCCUGGGAAGGUGUAUAAGACAUAGGAAUGACUGGGGUGCUCUGAUUUUAGUUGAUGACCGCUUCCGGAAUAACCCUAAUAAGUACAUAACUGGAUUAUCUAAAUGGAUUCGUCAACAAAUCCAACACCAUGAAAAUUUUAGUAGUGCACUUGAAUCCUUGCGUGCAUUUGCUGUAGGAAAUCAGAAAAGCACUGAUGGUUCACCAGAGUGCAGCAGUGAAUUUCUCUGUGUACCUUCAAACUCAAAAGACCUCUCCCAAUCACUUCAGCAGGAGGUGACUAUUCAUCUGUCACCAGGUGUUCCUGUGAAAAGUGAAGAGCAAAACUUGGUUUCAGAAAUUAAUUUUACUACAACCAUCAGCUCACUUAGUCCUACAGCAUCGGAUCAGCCAAGCAACAUCAAGGCAACAAUGAAACAAAGUGGCCAGAAAAUUGAUGUUGAGAGUCAUUCUCACCAUGUAACACCAAGAAGAAAACAUAUGGGCUGCACACCCCAAAGGCCAGCAAAUAAAACUGAGAGAGAAGAAAAGAAGGGUUGGACUAAUGCUGAUAUUAUGAAAGAACAUUGCUGCUUUAAACCACUAACUUCAACACCUUUGCCUGUAGCCAAGAACUGUGUGUCCACAGCUACCAGCAAACAGAAGAAUGUGAAAAGGGCUGGUGAAGUUAUUGAUGGUGUAAAUCAAUGCCAGUCAUCAUUAAUUUCAGAACAUGAACCAAGCGUACCAGAAUCAUGUUUGGAAACAACUGAUUUUUCAAUUAAAAAUGUUGAGCCUCCACUUGCUGAAGAGCAUCCUUGUAAGCUACAGCUUCAAGUUGGGCCCUGCAGUGAGUUUCCUUCAGCAGGAGGGAAAUCUGAACUUCCAGUGUUAAAUGUAGCUGCAGAAGCUGAAGAUGAGGAUGAAAGUAUCUAUUUCACACCAGAACUUUAUGAUGAUGAUGUAGAGUCAGAGGAAGAGAAUAUCAGACCACUGGUUCCAACCUGUAAUACAAGUGAGAAUCGGAUUGAAUGUGGCAACACCGCAGUCACUGAUGAUCUUUUUGCAAUCAACACCUCAGAAACACCAAGUGUGGCUAAAAAAAUGAUUGAUGAUAAUGAUGGCAGAAGCACAAGUUUACAUGGAAUAAUGCAAAAUGAGGGGAACGAGAAUAGUGCAGUUAAUAAUGUAGAGAUGAGUAGUGAGAUAGAAGCAAAGCAGAUAGCAUCUCAAGAGAUGGACACCAAAAAACGGAAAAUCAGUCUUUCCAGAUCACGAAAUAAAGGUGUGUCAUCUUUUCCAUCGGACAAUCCCAGCACAUAGUGACAGCUGCUAUAGGAAACUUAGUGGGCAGCCUUCACAGCAUAGCCUCACUAUAGAGCUGUGAUGUGUUCCUUUCACAUGUGCUACUCUCAGACUCAAUUUUUCAUUAUACUUUUCCCUUUUUCCCUGUAAAAGUUAUGCAACAUGCAGAUCUCUAUAAAUAUAAUUAAGAUACUUCAUCCUAACUGUGUGGGAAAGGGGCAUCAUGUGUGGAAAUUUGAAAUAGAAGCCCAAGUAGCAUUCGACUUGUAAUUAUAGACUAAGGAGGUUUGUCUGUUACAGGUUUAAUUAAUCCCCCAUUAAGUACAAUCAAACAAUUAGGGUUUCUCCAAAAGCACCCAUAUAAUCAAAGUAUGGGUUUCUGCGUUUGUUAGGGCUUUUUUCUUUCUUCAAUAUGAAGAACAAGGUCUUUGCAGAUCAAGUGAUAUGAUAGAUUGAGCCUAGAUAUUGAAAUAGAUGUAUUCUUCAGUACUGUGUUUCCCUCAAUUUUCAGAAGCUCAGAAGCUGUGUAGUAGUACAGCAGUAUCUGAACUUUCUGAUCUGAUGAUGGUGAGAGGCUCCUUCACAGGUCUUUGUUUUAUUUCAAAACUUUAGGUUUCUUUAAAAUUUUCUUUUGUGAGAUCUGAUUUAUUUUGGUCAAAUUAUGUGUUCGUAUCAAAACGUGUACCUAUUUGUAUGCCCUACAGAUAUGCAAUAUAUAACAAUGUAAAUGUGUACAUAAAGGUCUUUAAAUAUUCCUAAGUCUAUUUUUUUUUUUUGAAGUAUUUUAAACAUUUCUCUCAUUUAUUGCAAUCAAAGUAGCCAGGAUUUUGCUGUAAUAAAACAUACUACGCCUGAUUUUUCAAUAAAGGAUUGUUCAUUUCCAUCAUGUAUUGGCUAUGCAUCUUCAUGCUAUAUAUGAAGAUGCAGGAUUUUUACAGACUAAAGUUUGGUUCAUAGGUAUUCGUGUAUUUUGACCAGUUGUUAACUGGUCAUUUCUAAUAGUUCAUCUGAAUAACGUUCUGAGUCACAGCUGUGGAUGUGUUCCUGUCAAUAGGAUUUAAAUAGUAUCCUUUCUUUACACAAUAAGUGCAUCUUUAUAAAAUUAGAUACCCUGCAAGAAUAACAAGAAUACUGUUGAAUUUCUUUAACAAGCAUUAUCUUGCAAUACUUAGUAUAAGGCAUUGGGUUAAGCUUUUUAUUAUAUUGAUUCCACAUAAGGACCAUACUCCCUUGGUUUAGGUUUCCUGGUAUUCACUUCAUCAUUGGAUGCUGAUGGGUGUGAAUUAGUUGAUAGGGCAGAAGCAAGCCCUAAUUUUGAGAGCACUUUAAACAUAUAACACAUCUAGAGAUAAAAAUACUUAAUUUAGACUUAAGUAAUUGAUUGAAUAUCAAGACUCAGUAGGGUGGACACAGUUCUGUUUGUAACUGGCUCUGGACUAGAAUUGUCUGAUAUCCCACAGCAAAUGCUGAGGCAGCCUGUGGCAGGUGGCUUUCCUAAUCAACUUGAUCCUUAUGAGUCUCUAAUAGCUUGGUUUUCUUAAAACAAGUCAUCUAUCCCAAACCACUUUUUAUGUUUAUGUAUAUCUAAAUAGACAAUAGAAGCCACUUAAGCUUUGUGGCUUGUCUGCCCAGCUUAUAGACCACUGUCUCUUAUUUGUCCUUCAGAAGAUUUGUCUGUCUUUAAAUCCGUAACAUUAAAAAAAAAUAAAAGAAAAUCCAUCUUCCUUUCCUUA